AAUCAAGGAUCCUGUGCCUCCUGUUGGGCUUUCUCUGCAGUUGGCUCACUCGAAAGUCACCACUUUAUAACCUCAUACCAGAGAGUAUCCCUGUCCGAGCAAAAUUUGGUGGACUGCACAAGAGGUUAUCCCUAUUACAACCAAGGCUGUUCAGGCGGCUGGCCGAUUGAAGCAUUGAAUUAUGUUAGGGACAAUGGUGGUAUAAACACUGCCAGCUAUUAUCCGUAUGAAGGACAAGACAACACUUGCCGAUACAAUAAGAACAAUAUUGGAUCAAAAAUCUCUGCUGUUAUACAAAUUGCUAGUGGAAAUGAAGCCGCAUUGGCAUCCGCCGUCGCCAAUAAGGGACCCAUCUCGGUGUGUGUCGACGCCUCCCUGUUCCAAUAUUACCAAAGUGGCGUCUUAAAUGAACCGUCGUGCUCUCAAUCUGUAGACCAUUGUGUAGUUAUCGAUGGAUACGGCACCGAUUCAGUUGGAGGAGAUUAUUGGUUGGUGAGGAAUUCUUGGGGGGAGAAUUGGGGAGAAAAGGGAUAUAUUCGCAUGGCUCGCAAUCGCAAUAAUCAAUGUGCUAUUGCCAGUUAUGCAAUUUAUCCUUUAGUUUAA